GAGCUCAGAGCUGUCAACCACUGUGGACAUACCAGACUUUUAUCCAAAGGGAAAGCAGACAAUAGAGAUGGAGUCAACUGAAGGUACCUAUGAUUACUAUGAGUACGACGAGUCGGAGAACUCCACCAUGUGUGACUACUCGGAGUGGACCCCCUCUUACUCCGUCAUCCCGGUGCUCUACAUGCUCAUCUUCAUCCUCGGUCUCUCCGGGAACGGGGUGGUCAUCUUCACCGUGUGGAGGGCGCAGGGGAAGCGGCGCGCAGCGGACGUCUACAUCGGGAACCUGGCCCUGGCUGACCUCACCUUCGUGGUCACGCUGCCCCUGUGGGCCGUGUACACCGCCAUGGGCUACCACUGGCCCUUCGGGGUGGCCCUGUGCAAGAUCAGCAGCUACGUGGUGCUGCUCAACAUGUACGCCAGCGUCUUCUGCCUCACCUGCAUGAGCUUCGACCGCUACCUGGCCAUCGUGCACUCGCUGUCCAGCAACCAGCUGCGCUCCCGCGGCCACACGCGGGGCUGCCUCAUCGGCAUCUGGAUGCUGUCCGGGGUCCUCGCCGCGCCCACCCUGCUGUUCCGCACCACCAAGGACGACCCCAGCACCAACCGCACCUCCUGCGCCAUGGACUUCAGCCUGGUGUUGACCACCAAGGAGGAGGAGAACCUGUGGAUCGCCGGCCUCAGCAUCUCCUCCUCGGCGCUGGGCUUCCUCCUGCCCUUCCUGGCCAUGAUGGUGUGCUACGGCUUCAUCGGCUGCACCGUCACCCGCCACUUCAACACCCUGCGCAAGGAGGACCAGCGCAAGAGGAGGCUGCUGAAGAUCAUCACCACGCUGGUGGUGGUGUUCGCCGCCUGCUGGACGCCCUUCCACCUGGUGAAGAGCGCGGACGCCCUCUCCUACCUGGACCUGUUCCCCGCCACCUGUGCCUUCCUGCGCUUCCUGCUGCUGGCCCACCCGUACGCCACCUGCCUGGCCUACAUCAACAGCUGCCUCAACCCCUUCCUCUACGCCUUCUUCGACCUGCGCUUCAGGUCCCAGUGCCUGUGCCUCCUCAACCUGAAGAAGUCCCUGCACGCCAGCCCAGCCAGCUCCCUGUCCUCCCAGAAGACAGAGGCCCAGUCCCUGGCCACCAAGGUGUGACGUCUGCUGGGGGGCCCAGAGGCAUGCUGGGGAAGAGGUGAAAGAUGCAGGACAAUGCAGGUGAAUCAGAACUGUGCAGCUGAUGGGUGCUUCCUCACAGGUCGUCCAGGGAGUCAUCCUCCGACCCCCCCUCUGUGGACUACAAGGUGACCGUCAGGCUUGUGGAUUUUGGGUCCCGCCACACCCCAGCUCCUACUUUCAGCUGCAGGGAGACAAAACUGUACCAAGGGACCAAGAAAUGAAAUGAUUUAUAUUUUUUUUUUGAAAAAGUGGAAUGUAUUUUUAAAAAACAGGACAACACACUCAUGAGUUCCUCUCAGUUCUCCCAUGUGGACUUGAUGCAAAGUGCUGAGCUUUGAACUCUGAAACCCUGUCGUCAAAUACUCAUACAUGUGCCCCCUGCUGUUCGUGUUUUCAUUUGUAAGCACUUGAGGUGUGAAACCCACCAGACCGUCCCGCUCUCCAGCUCCAGUCUGUAGUAUCUGCAUCACAGCCAGCAGUGUAGAGAGUGUGUGUAUGUGUGUGUGUGUGUGUGUGUGUGUGUGUGUAGGAAGGAUGUGCCAGUCGGUGAGAGGUGUUCGAGUGUGAUAAGGGUGUUGUAAGGAGAGACGGGGAAGGGCUGGGAGUCCCCAGACAGACAGACAGACAGACAGAUGGCAGCUGACAAAUGUUUUCAGGCUGGUGCAGGGCCCAAUUAAAAGGUGACUGCUUCGACAGUCUGUUGGUGUGUGUGUGUGUGUAUAUGUGUGUGUGAAGGAAUGAGUUUGCGUGUGUGUUGAUCGUCAGACUGACAAUGAAUUUGCUCCUGACAAAUACAUGAAAGCAUUUUUUGUGAAUACACAGUAUUUUGAAUCCAAUGUCUAUGAUUUUGUAAUAAAACAGGAAAAAAAAUGGUGCUUAAAAACAAAA